AUGCAAUUCUCUAUCAUCAGUAUCCUGGCUAUCGCCACUGCCGUUCAGGCCGCUUGCAACAACGGUGGUCUUUUCUACUCUGACCCCAAGACCCUUGAGCCCUGCAAGUCUGAGUGUGUUGGAGGUACUUGUGCCCUCCAGGGAACGUGCGAGCAGGUUCCUGGCAUUCCUCUUCUCUGCCUGGCCAAGUGCACUUGCUAG